GUUAUUGAGACCCUCACACAAAUUAUGGUCUUUAAUAGCAUUGAAGAAAAAGAAUGUGCUAGUGAAUGUUUAAAAGAGUUGGGCCCUGGUGAAAAAUACAGUCAUGAGAUCAUAACCAAUGAAAAAUUGGCGUACAACCUACAAAGGCAGCGCAGUUCCCAGACCAGCACUAUUUCAUCCAAUAUCAAUUCAAUGUUUUGGACAGCUGGAAAUGCCACUGGAAUUUUACCUACAAUACCAGAUAAAUUUGUUUCUGGAGAAUUCCCCCAAAACUUUGACUUAGAAGUGACAUCCAUUGGUCGAGGUACAUUUGGUAGUGUACACCUGGUCAUAGAUUUGAAUAAACCUGACGAAAAAAAAAUUGUCGCCAAAAGACUUUUGCUCAGUACAUUAAACAAAAUGGAAACUUUUUCAAAUGAAGCUUCCAUCCUACUGAAACUAAAACAUAGGCGUGUUGUUCAAUUUCAUGGAUAUAAAAAGGAUGAUGAUGAUAUUUUAAUAUUCAUGGAGUAUAUAAGACAAGGUACCCUCACUUCAUUUAUUUCCAAGAGAGGUAAUUUGGAUGAAAAAUGUACUCAACAUUUUACAAUCCAAAUUCUUGAAGCUGUCAACUAUUUGCAUGAAAAUAAUAUUCUGCAUAGAGAUAUUAAGGGUAAUAAUAUUUUGAUGGUGGAUGAGUCAAACAUCAAACUAACUGACUUUGGUCUCUCAACAAUUUACAAUGAAGAUGAAGGGGUUAAUGCAGGAGGUGGCACAAUUCAGUACAUGGCUCCUGAGUUGAUUACAUGCUCUGAGGGUGAAAUUUUAAAGAACGCAACUAGUCUGGAUAUAUGGAGUGUGGGCUGCACUGUUGUAGAAAUGCUUGUAGGCAAACCACCACAAAGUUCUUUACUAACACCACAGAUUGCCUAUAGAACUUUUCAAGGAGAACCUCUGAAAUAUCAACUGCCUGAAUCAUCUUCAGCUGACCUGAAAGAGUUUUUGAACAAGAUUUUUCAAAGUGAUGCACAGCUGAGGCCAACAGCUGAUUGGCUGCUGAAAAAUGAUUCAUUUGUUAAAGUAACCAUUAGUGAUGAUGUCUAGUCUAAAGUUGGAUUUGAUAAUGAUAUAAGUUAAAUUUAUCUGGUAAAAUAUGUGAUUUCAAUUGUUACUAUAAAUAUGUAAAUUUGUUUA